AUGUCGUCCCUCUACAUGACGCCCAGUUACCAUCAGAUUUCUCCCAUGGUCCGUUCUCGGUCCUCGAGUGCCCGCAGAGGCAGUGGAUUUGAGUGCGGAUACUACAGUCGGGACAAUCGGAGUUUGGUCCGGUAAGAAUCUAAUCAUAUUCAAGACCUUUUUGCGGUUAAGGCCAAAAAUUAUAUUACUAUUUUAGAGCCCAAUCUUAUACAGCCGCCAGUUCUGGUGGAUUUACCCGGCCAAGCUAUGGAUAUGGUGGCGGAUUCAUGUCUAGGUCCAUGACUCGAUCAGGUAACAUCAAGUUUCGCAUUUGGCACUUGAAGUUUAUAGCAAAUUUUGCAUUUUUUAUCCCAAAAAUUCAGUUUUUUUCGUAAAAACUAGACAUUUUCUGUCCUCUGGGUCACCAAAUGGCUACUUUAGACUCUCCUGACUCUUAAUUAUCUUUUUUAUACUCUUUGAAUCUUUUAUUUUUAUAAACUCAACAAAAACUGCUGUCCGUCUGUCUCUGCCAAGAAAACAUUCAAAAAUCACAAUAAAAACCUUCCUUUCGCCUUUUCUUUCGAAACGGAAAGAAAGAAUGCCAGCCACGUGCACUUUUAGUCUAAUCGGGAAAAGCGAAGUCUCGCGUUCGAAAGUUCGCGGGUUCGAUUCCGGUUGGGUGCAGUGAUGAUCAAAAUGCAAGGACGUAAUGCCGAACAAUAUUGAGGAAUAUUUACUUAUGAGCACCUUUUGCAAAUUUUGUAAAAAAUUGAAUUUUUAGUAUUUUUGUCAAAAUCAAGACACUUUGAGAGUUGGUUUUGUAAAUGAAGCCGCUCUUUUGAAACCUUUUAUAGUAAAAAGCUAUUAUUUUUUUUACCCAACAAAAUCGUGGUCUUUAGGUUCAAACCUCUUCGGCCGUUCAUUAAGUGCCUCGGCUCUUGACCGCACCCCUCCCUUCUCGAGCGUCGGAGUCCAGAGAUCCACUCCCCAUUACUCGGACAAGUUCCCAUAUGUCCGCUACUCCUAUGGAAACACUGACACUGCCCUCUCCGUUCUUACACAGACUGAAUUGGUACGAUUUUUUGAUUUUUACAGCAUCUCUGAGCAAAUUGUUCAAUUAUCAUUUGAUUUCCAGAAGAAUCCGCCAAUUUACGGGAUCAAAGACACUGGAACAAAGAGAUGGCUGGAGGGGAAAUUAAACGCCUAUAACACUGGACUCUUCCAAAGGGCACCUCCAACUCGAGUUGAACGGCCAUUGGCACCGGUCAGGAGUUAUGUUAGGUAAGGAAUUUGGGUAAAAUAAUAUUCAAAUUAAAUUUGCAUAAUUUUAAAAAUUUUGCAUAAAUUAUUCCAGGAUUAAAUUUUGAAUAUUUUUCAGAUAUAUGGGACAAGACGACGCUGUGGACAUGUACAAAAACAAGUACAUGACAGUGGGCACCCUCUCCAAAUACUGGCUUUCCCCCACCACAGCUUCCUCGAGAAGAGAUCGCGAUCUGAACGUGGGAUCUUCCAUUUCAACCAGUGGCUAUGGCUCAUAUUCCUCUCGAUUCGCCACCCGACCCACCUAUUACUCCAAAGUGGCCAACCGAUUAUAUUAA